CCUUGUAAAUACAUAGUGGGUAGUUUUCAUCAGCUUGGUGGAAGUAAUGACGUUAUAAUCUAUAAGGGAAGGAAAAAAAAAACACUUUUAAAGGUUAUUCUGAGGCAAAGUCGCCAAACUUUUCAAAUGAUUUUUAACAGAUUUGACUGGUGGUUCUAAAGCAGUUCUGGACACUGUGUGCCUCAACAUGGUCCAGGUUCCAACCCAGUUCGACGUCCUCGUCAUGCCCAACCUGUACGGAGACAUCCUCAGUGAUCUGUGUGCUGGUCUGGUUGGAGGACUCGGAGUGACGCCCAGCGGCAAAAUCGGCGCCAACGGAGCCGCCAUCUUUGAAUCGGUCCACGGUACCGCUCCCGACAUUGUUGGCCUGGACUUAGCCAACCAGACCGCCAUGCUGCUGAGCACCAUCAUGAUGUUGCGUCACAUCAGUCUCCAUGACUACCGCAACAAGAUCCGGACAGCCUGCCUCGACACCAUCAGAGACAAGAAGGUUCUCACUGAGGAUCUGAGAGGAAAAUCAAAACUGUAUCUGCUGUCAUGUGCUAAAAAUGCAGUUUUGAUGUCCAGAUAUUGCAGUUACAGCUCCUUCUCCACUGAUUUACGCAGCUACCUGGCAAUGUUAGCCUGA